GUGUUGGUCUGCACGAGCUCGCUUUGAAUCACAACAAGGUUUUGACCCAGGUGAAGACCUAUUUGCAGGGACGUGGUGUAUCCCAUAUCCAAGCCCGUCUCCACAGCACAGAGAAGUUUCUUACAACUGCAGAGCGCAGCGAAGGUGGGGAGAGCAAAUGCUUCGCAGAGAGCUCAGAGGCGCCGAUCCUCCUCCUGCAGCAGGCCACGGUUCCGGACUUGCUCGUGCUACCCGCCCAACUUCACGACGCGUGCACACCGUUGGUGGAGGAGGAGCUCAACCCCGAGCACGAGCCUUUCCCGCAAAAGAAGCUGCUGUUGGACUACCAAGUCAGCAGCCUGCUCGAGAGAUUCUACCAGUGCCCCUGGUCGGCAGACGGUCGAGCAAGGGGGGGUUACGAUUUCCUGUCGAUGGAGCAGGACUUGGCUUUGAGGCUGGUUGCAGGUCGCCGGCCACUCCAAGUGUGUAGCCAGGAUCACAAGGAGCUACAGGCCGACAUUGAAGACUUCCCCUACCGCAUUUACCACGGAAAUGUGACUGUUCGGAUUUUGAACCGAGUCAAAGUCGAUUGCCGUCGACUCGCCCCUCAAAUCUCAUUGAACAAUGCCUUGAGUGUCCAACGGGCAGAAGAGUUGGAGGCCUCCUUUUUCCGGGACUCGGCCAAGGCCUUGGAUGUCAGCAAAAUUACCGGCGACUUGAUCGCCUUGCUCUUGGGUGCCCGUUCCUUGGUUGGUAUCAUUCGAGGAGACAUGACCCUCCGUCAGUUUGUAGAAGUGUACACUCUGGCAGAGAGCUCAUGCAUCGACAACAAGUCAGAAAGCCACCCAGAUGCUUUGAUGCGCAUUGUCAACAUGCAGGACAUUGCAGAGGUUCCGCUAAGUGCCCUCGUGGCGCUGCACUUGCUCUCUCGGGAUCUGCUGGCCAUGAUGCACGGAGUAAGUGUUCGGUGUUGGGAUGCAGAGGACGAGUGGGUGGACUCAAGCGAUUUGCCCCCAGAGCUGGACUUGUGGCUGGACACACUUCAGAAGGACCAUCCCGAGGUCCUGAUCUGUGUUUGCCGACUGAUGGCUCGGGUGUUGUACCUGAGCUGCGAGAAGCCGCUCGCCACACGUCGACCUCACGAUGCCGACUAUCGACAGCCGCCGAUGAUUGCGCAGCUGGUGGUGGGCAUGGAUGUUGUGGAGGAGCUUCGAAAUUCGAACCCUUUUACUAGGAUCAUGUCCGCAGAAUCCCAAACCUAA